AUGCCAUUAUACAAAUUAACGGAAAAACGAAUGAAGAAGAGAGCGAGGGAAGACGAAGAUGGUAUAACUGACUUGAAAGCUGCCAUGAGGGAGAUGGGUGAGGAUGUCGAUGGUAGUGAGAGUGGGAGUGGGAGCGAAGGUUGGAGUGAGAGUGAUAGUGAUGAUGAUGAUGAUGAUGAUGAGGAGGAGGAGGAGGAGGAGGAGGAGGAGGAGGAGGAGGACCAGGAUGAGGAUGAGAAUGAAGAUGAAGAAGAGGAUGAGGACGAAGAUGGAGAUCUAGAUGUGGAUAUCGAAGGACUGGAAUCCGGAUCAGACGAAGAAGAUGAAGAUGUGGAUGAAGAGGAUGAUACAAGUUCAUCAUCAUCAUCCAUAUUCCCCAUAUCACUCGAAUCAGCUCUUACAGACCCUAUAUACCCCUCACCUCAUAACCCCUCGGAGAACCUAUGUGUACUAUGUCCAGAUAAGGUAUUGAAGAAUGAUCAGAUGACUAAAGUGCAUUUGGAGAGUAAACUACACAAACGAUCUCUCAGGCGAUACUCUGUUCGACUAACUACCAACCCACCUCCAGGAGAUUCUGACCCUCGAGAAGUAGUAGAUGAGAUACUAGCAGAGAUGGAUUCAGGUGAAAUAGACGUAGAGCCCAAAGCGGAUAAGAAGGGUAUAUCAAAAGGACAGAGAAAAAUUGGUAAUGAGGGCUUGGAGAAAGAUAAAAAGAGGAAACGAUCGAAUAAGAAACAACGUCAAGAGGAAAAAGCAAAGAAACUCAUAUCUACAAAUACAAAAGAUACGAAUCAGCAGAAAGAAGGACAAGAAGAAGGGGUAAAGCUGAAUAGGAAAGCUAGGAGAUUAUUGGCUUUGCAGAAUGGCGAGAUACAGAAGACACAAAGACAAAAGCAGAAGUAA